GCUCCAGUUCGUUUCGUGUCGCGCUAAAAAUUCAAUUGUGUAUGAGGGUGAUCAGUUUUUUUGUAUAAUGUAACUGUAGAGACUCACACAAAAAUCAUUAUUUUUUGUAUCAAAGGACUUUUUCGCGUCUAUUAAUAAAAAUCGCGCGUCACACAAAUGAAAAUAAACACGAAAAAAACUCGAGCACACAAAAAGGAUCGCAAAAAGGAAAUUUCAAGUGAGAAAAAAAGUUAUUUUUAAGCAAAAAAAAUCAAUGGAGACCCCGAAAAUUCACUCGAAAAGCAAGCAUCGACGGAGCGCGAGUCGCGUCGUAAAUGCCAAUCACUCGCCAGCACACCGUUCACAUCGAAAUCCCGAUGAAAAUAUCGAAGAAAACAUUGCUGCAAACAAUGAUGGCGACAUAAUGCAGAACGAUGACGUCAAUGAGAGAAGUUGUAAUAAUGCCAAUGGAGGAAAUCAUCGCAAUGUCACUACCGAUACGACGACAACAGAGGCGGAAAAUGAGGCGCCGCAGCAAGACGACAAGCUGCAAAAAGGCAUUUUGGGCUACAUUGACAAACAGCUGAAAGUUCAAACGCUUUCGGAGCCGCCGCGAAGUCCCGCGCAACGAAGUACUCGCAGCAGAAGUAGCAACGAAAAGAGUCCGCGGCGCAAACGGAGCAAAUCAGAGUCCCGAAGACGACGCGAACGGAAAAUUAUUGCGGCGGGCGAGAUGGAGGUUCGGCAAGCGAAUGAGACGCUGAUGCGAUACUUGAAGCAAUGCUCGGAUUUUAAUGAGGCGUCGUUAUCGGGUGACCUCGAGAUCGACGAGAACCUUGAGGAUCGACGUGUUCAUCGCAAAACGAAGGCGGAGAGACAGAAAAAGGCGCAUUUGCAUGCACGGAGCGGUAAAAGUCAACAUUCGGAUUUGACGACGGUGUUAAAUGAGCUGGCGGAGGAUGUUCGUCAUGGCGGAACGGAUAUUUAUAAUCCGUUUACUCCGGUUAUUUCGCCGCUCGAAGGACCUCCAUCGCGCAUCGACAAACUUUAUAUACAAACUUCCAGUGGCUAUCGACCAGUUGACAAUAAUAACUUUUAUAAGUCCUCGUUAGAUAUAGAAGCAGAUGAAAAUCGUCAAAUUAUCAAAUCGGGAGUACAUUUAUCGUGUUGUGUACAACGUAUUUGGAUACUUUUAGCAAAUAUUUGCCACGGACUUUUAGCUGGUCUAGGUCUGGCACAUUUACUCUUAGUGUUUACGACAAAGCCCAUUGAUUGGGUUUCAUUGAGCGCCGCUGAACAUUAUGCUGACUUCAAUGCCAUUUAUACGAGCACAUUUUUUUGUCUGGCGAUCGUUUGUAUGGUUUCCGUGCUGGAUAGGAUGGAUAUUUCUCGCAUGGAUUUAUCUGGAGACUCGAUACAAUUCCGUUGGGUUAUAAUAUUUAUGAUUUAUGCUGCCACAGUAACAAUAAGCCUUUGUUGUAGUUCUACAGACCAAAGACUGCUUUAUUUUACUACAACAACGCCGCAAAAUAGCACGGAAUUGUCUGAAACAAUGGAAAGCAAUAAUAAUAUACUAAAUGUUUGGAAUUCUUUAUCAAUUGCUCGGAGCUUUGGCGCAUUAAUUGGCUGGAUAAUUAUUGGCAUGAGCCCGAACACUGAUAAACUGUAUGCAUAUCUCUUGGAAAUGGAAAAAUAUGACAUCAACUGAAGAGAAACUCACUAAAUUACUCAUUUCAAUCAAUCAAAAUGCUCAAAAGAACAGAUUAAUUUCACAAUUUUGCUGUUUCUCGAUGUUUUUGUUGAGUCUUAAAAAGGGUCUUCCAGUUUUCUCAUCUCAAAAUUUUACUUUAUCUUUCCCAUUUCUCAGUUUUAAAUUCUUGUAAAUAAAUUUUCUGAAAAAAAUAUGAUAAAAAUGUUUAGAGUGCAAAAUAUUUGUAAAAAAAUUGUAAAUACAGAAAAAUAUAUAAAAACUUGUGCUUUCGUAGUUAAAAAAAGUUGAUAUUUAAAACAGAAAACACGUG